CAUUGUAGGAAGAAUCUGUGUGUGUAUGUGUGUGUGUGUGAGAGAGAGAGAGACAGACUCGCACAGAGAGAGAUUGUCGAUCUGUACUUGUUCUUCAAGGAGAUGGUAUAAGGAAGAUCCGGCGAGGGCGACUCUUCCAACAGAAAUCUUCUCCCCACCCCCCCCCCUUUCUUUUUCCGGAUGCACCGAUGAGAGAACCAGUUUUAGCGGCGACGACCAUGGCUUAUCAUCCGUUCCACGCUCACCGGGCCGCGGAUUUCCCCAUGAGCACAUUCUUGGCCGCUCAACCUUCCUUCUUCCCCGCUCUGGCGCUGCCGCCGAGCGGGGCGGCUGCUCUCUCGCUGCCCGGAGCUCUGGGCAAACCCUUGACGGACCCGAACAUGGCCGAGGCCGGGAUCCGCGUCUCCACUCUCGGGCACCAGUCGGCACACCUGCGGCCCCUCAAGAGCCUGGAACCGGAGGAUGAGGUCGAGGACGAUCCCAAAGUGAAUCUGGAAGCUAAAGAUCUGUGGGACCAGUUCCACAAAGUCGGCACUGAAAUGGUUAUUACAAAGUCUGGGAGGAGAAUGUUCCCACCGUUUAAAGUGCGAGUCAAUGGUUUGGAUAAAAAAGCAAAAUAUAUUUUACUGAUGGACAUUGUGGCAGCUGACGACUGUCGUUACAAAUUUCACAAUUCGCGUUGGAUGGUGGCCGGGAAAGCAGACCCGGAGAUGCCGAAGAGGAUGUACAUUCACCCAGACAGUCCGGCAACCGGUGAACAAUGGAUGGCAAAAGCAGUCACGUUUCACAAACUCAAACUCACCAACAAUAUAUCCGACAAGCAUGGAUUCGUAAGUGUUGCUACCAUCCUGAAUUCUAUGCACAAAUACCAGCCCAGGUUCCACGUGGUCCGCGCCAACGAUAUUCUCAAACUGCCCUACAGCACUUUCCGAACGUACGUGUUCCCAGAGACAGAGUUCAUCGCGGUCACAGCCUAUCAGAACGAUAAGAUAACGCAACUUAAAAUUGACAACAACCCCUUUGCAAAAGGAUUCAGGGACACUGGGAAUGGGAGAAGAGAAAAAAGAAAGCAGCUCUCUCUACCCUCCUUGCGAGUGUACGAAGAUCAGUGUAAAGGUGACCGAGAUGGUGGCGAUUCUGACGCCUCCUCCAGCGACCAGCCACCGGCUAGGGACUCCCUGCGCUCGCCCCAAGCUGUAGACCCAGUUUCUUUGCAGUUCAGCCAAGUAUCCAAAGAUGACAAGUCGGGUGCGGACAGUGACCAUGAGCUGGAGAGACAGGAGGAACACUCAGCCGCGAUUAGUAACAGCCCCCGAGUUGCAGUGUCCGGAACCAACACUCCACCCGCGGAACAUACGGUGGGAGACUUGUCUCAUCGCCCGAAGCAAGGAUCUAUCCCGGAGAAAAAGAAGGAAUGUCUGGAAGCGCGCAGGGACAGUGAGAUCUGCUUCAGUCACAGAAGCUCGGAGAGGGAGAAGGGCGAAGGGAGGAGGAAGGAUGAAGUCAAGAAGGACGGUGAAUGUUUGAGUAAAGAUACUUACUCACCGCUUAUGAUACAGACUGACGGCCCCUCUCACCUAAACGCUGGACAUUUGCAGAGCUUGGCUUUCUCGGGGUUGCACAGCCAGCAGUUUCUUAACCCUUUAAAUGUCGGACAGCCUCUCUUUAUUCACCCGGGCCAGUUUGCAGUCGCUCCUGGAGCUUUCUCGGCCAUGGCCACGGGAAUGGGACAUUUAUUGGCUUCGGUGUCGGGAGCCAGCAGCUUGGACAACGCGACCAUCACCUCGGCUCAGGCCUCGGCAGGGGCAGGCACUCACUUCCCUUUCCAUCUCUCUCAACACGUCUUGGCUUCUCAGGGGAUCCCAAUGACCACCUUCGGAGGGCUCUUCCCCUACCCAUACACGUACAUGGCAGCAGCCGCCGCAGCCGCCGCCUUGCCCAGCAGCUCCGGAGCCCCAUCCUCUCUCCAUCGGCACCCUUUCCUGAGCGGCGGACGACCCCGGCUUCGCUUCAACCCCUACCCAAUCCCGGUCUCCAUCCCGGCUAGCACCAACCUCCUCACCACGGCCAUGCCCUCGGCUCUCGGCGGUUCCGACAGCAAGCUGUGCAGCCGAGACUCCAGCCCCGUCUCCGUCAGCCUGGCUUCAGAGCUCAACCACAAAAGCAACGGAGGCAGUUUAAGGACUGCAGCCAGCUCACUCUCCCCCAAGCCGACCGCCAAGGAGGCGAUCAACGAACUGCAGAAUAUCCAGAGAUUGGUGAGCGGCCUGGAGAACAACCGAGAGACGUCUCCGGCCCGGGACUCUCCUAAAUGAACCUUUUUGGAUCCAUUUUGGGGCAUCGGGACUAUUAUUAGAUGCAAAAAAAAAACACCUCAUAGUGCAGAUACCUUCAGCAUCCGACCCUGAGGGAAGAGGUGGGGGUCAGACGGUGCCCAGAGGCAGAGCGGCACUCAGUGCUGACACCAGAGGGAUAGGAGCAGGAGCAUUAUGAAGAUCGCUGUUAACUGUGGUGCAACUUGGGGUAAAGGAACGACCACUUCGCUAUGUAAAAAAAACCGCAUAAGAUAAAUGUACCUUCACACAAGAAAAAAGGAUCUUCGCUAUUUAUGUAAUUAAUUAGUAAUUUUGUGUAAAUAAGCUAUGGAUGGCAGAAUAUGCAAAUCGGUAUUAAUUUAUUCACCAGUUGUAAAUUCGCGUGUACAUAUAUUAGAGUUUAAUUCCAUGCAUUUUAAUGUUUUUUUUUGUUUUGUUUUACACACGAACAUCACAAUAUAUUGUAAAUGAAAUAUAUAGCGCAUUGGGAAAGUGUGUGUGAGAGAGAAUGAAUGAGUUUCUAAUUGUGUUUUUUAGAGGUCUAUCCCGCCUGCUUUGGUGAAAACGGUUUUGAAACGAAAAUGUGCCAUCCAUUACAUCAAUGCUAUUCCAGUGUUACCUGUUUUAAAAAAAUGCGCUCUGUACUGUAUAAUACUACAGAUUUAAAAGAAAUUUAAAAAAAAAAACGUUUCUAAAGUCUUGUGCCAGCGGGGUAUAUAAGGAAUGCCGCUUUGUUACCUCAGGUUGUUUCACCUCUCCAUAUGGAUUCCCAGUGGGUCUCUCACCGGGCUCUCUACAAAGCGGCUUAAAAUAAAAAGACAAAAAAAAAAUGUAUCUCAAACUGUGUUGGUCAUUCGGGUAAUCUAUCAGCAAUUAAAAAAAAAUGAGUUCUCUCACAACUUUCAAUAAACAUUUUGAAGUGAAACGUUUGCUUGUGAUAUAUUUAGUUGAAUGUGUGUAUGUAUGAAAGUAUAAACCCCCGUGUGUGUCUUAUGUGUGACUAGAUGCGUAUAUGUGUCAUGUAUUUACUUAUGUGUAUUUGACUUUGCAAAAAUCAUUUGAAAUUGUAUGCACAGUUAUUAAGGAAUAUGUCACAUUAAAGGACAAAUGUUCCCAA